ACCGCGGUAGGCCCUGCUGUUUAUCCAACUCUAGUUCAACCCAGCGCAGAAAAACAAGGAGCAGGAAAAUCCCGAUGAACAGAGAAGAUCCCCGAAGGAAAACAUCUCUUUUCUAGUCCAGUAACCAUAGCGGCUCCAGACGAACCAUGUGAUUGUUAGAGCAUCCGAUGUAGCUGUCAUGUGGUACAUCCACAGCCCAGCACGGCGGAAUGCUCAGCUCAGCAAGGAGCCGUUGACAACCGCUGGCCUUUGACAAAGGAUCCUCCCAGUGACUCUUGUAACUACCCCCCUCCCCUAGGGGGGGACACAGACCUCUGCCAUUCCCACAGUGCCUCCACAUUGGGUGGACCUUCAUCCUACACCACACUCCUCAUCCUCCCACAGUCUGCUAGACAGGAGAUUCCAUCUCUCACAGUUGAAGUGUACUUAUGAUAAAAAUUACAGACCUCUACAUGCUUGGUUCAUUCACAAAUGUCUACCUCACGAUUAAAAGGCCCCUCUCCAUAACUGCGACCCUGAACAGGCUACAAAAUGACUUCCAGUAUAGGCGGGGAUGACGCCAGCAGUAUCUUUGAUGGGUUAAUGGAAGAAGAUGAAAAGGACAAAGCAAAACGAGUGUCCCGUAACAAGUCUGAGAAGAAACGCAGAGACCAGUUCAAUGUCCUCAUCAAGGAGCUGGGUACCAUGCUGCCAGGCAACACCCGAAAGAUGGACAAGUCCACCAUCUUACAGAAGAGCAUCGACUUCCUACGCAAGCAUAAAGAAAUAGCUGCGCAGUCAGAGUCGAGUGAGAUCCGACAGGACUGGAAACCUCCUUUUCUUAGUAAUGAAGAGUUCACACAGCUGAUGCUGGAGGCAUUAGACGGCUUCUUCCUAGCAAUUAUGACAGAUGGGAACAUAAUCUAUGUCUCAGAGAGUGUUACAUCUCUACUGGAACAUCUUCCUUCUGACCUGGUGGAUCAGAACCUGUUGAACUUCCUGCCCCUGGGGGAACAUUCAGACGUGUAUAAAGCCCUGUCAUCUCACAUACUGGAGGGAGAGACGCUAACGCCAGAGUAUCUCAAGACGAAAAACCAGUUAGAAUUCUGUUGCCACAUGCUCCGAGGGACGAUCGACCCCAAAGAGCCUCCUGUGUAUGAGUAUGUUAAGUUCAUCGGAAACUUCAAGUCCCUAAAUAAUGUGCCUAACUCAACUCGAAACGGCUUGGAGGGGGUGAUCCAGCGGUCACUCCGGCCCGCUUUUGAGGACCGAGUCUGUUUUAUAGCAACUGUGAGAUUAGCCAAACCACAGUUUAUCAAGGAGAUGUGCACUGUUGAAGAACCCAAUGAAGAAUUCACCUCUAGACACAGCUUAGAAUGGAAGUUCCUCUUCUUGGACCACCGGGCUCCGCCCAUAAUAGGUUACCUGCCGUUUGAGGUUCUGGGUACAUCUGGAUAUGACUACUACCACGUAGAUGACCUGGAGACACUGGCCAAAUGCCACGAACACUUAAUGCAGUAUGGGAAGGGGAAAUCAUGCUACUACAGGUUUCUCACCAAAGGUCAACAGUGGAUCUGGCUCCAGACCCAUUACUACAUCACCUACCACCAGUGGAACUCCAGGCCCGAGUUCAUCGUCUGCACGCACACUGUCGUCAGCUAUGCUGAGGUGAGGGCUGAACAGCGCAGAGAGCUGGGGAUUGUUGAGGAGUCACCGCCAGAGAUCUCUGCAGUAGAUAAGCAGUCUCAGGACUCUGGUUCUGAGUCUCAACACCAGCUCAACACCUCCAGUCUGAAGGAGGCCCUAGAGGGCUUUGACCGCAGCCGGACGCCCUCGGCCUCCUCACACAGCUCCCGCAAGUCCUCGUCCCACACUGCCAUCUCCAACCCAGCCUCACCUAAGCUUAAGACAGACAGAGGUACACCGGGAUGCCAGUCCGUCUCUGCUAUUGAGAUGACAUCACAGCGAAGAUCAUCCAUCAGCAGUCAGCAAUCGAUGAGCUCCCAGCACACCCAGAACACAGGGCAGAACAUGACCCCAUCCAUGGUUCCACAACAACAACCGCAGCAGCAGCAACAACAACUGCAACAGCAGCAACCACCACCUCAACAGCAGCAGCUUCAGAUCCAGCCCAGUGUCCAGUUUUCCACCCAGCUGGAUGCAAUGCAGCACCUGAAGGAUCAGCUGGAGCAGAGGACCAGGAUGAUCGAGGCCAACAUCCAGAGGCAGCAGCAGGAGCUCAGGCAGAUCCAGGAAGAGCUCAACAAGGUGCAGGGCCAUGGCCUACAGAUGUUUCUCCAGCCGGGUACAAGUGGGCUGAGCCUGGGCUCUGUGCAGCUGGCACACGGGACCACCAUGCAGCCAGGGGGUGCUCUCACCAUGCAUGGCCAAGUGGUGUCUGCAGGCAGUCUGCAGGGCAGCACUCCACAGCAGCACACGGUCCAACAACAACCCCAGCAGCAGUCCCAGACCCAACAACAGAACCUGUUACGAGACACCAGCUCUGUCCUCUCACAGUCUUCAGUGCGGUCGACUCACUCUCUGCCGCCCCAGCAGAGUGCCCUGCCGGCUUCCCUAUACAACACCAUGAUGAUCUCUCAGCCCAACCAGGCCAAUGUGGUCCAGAUCGCUACCAGCCUGGCCCAGAACAGCAGCAACAACACAGCUGCCAUGGCAAACUUUGCCCAGGACCGCUCGGGACAGAUCAGGUACACGAUGCCACCAACAGGGUUCCCUGCUGGCUCUCAGUUGCUGACUAAGCUGGUGACUGGGCCGAUGGCGUGUGGAGCGGUGAUGGUCCCUACAACCAUGUUCAUGGGCCAGGUGGUAACAGCAUUCGCUCCUCAGCAGGGCCAGACUCAGACCAUCAGCAUUGCCCAGCAGCAGCCUCAGCAGCAGGAGCAGCAGGCUCAGUCUCAGGCCGAAGCCACACAGCAAGGGCUGGCCCAGCAACAAACACAGUUCCUCCAGGGCCCUCGGCUGCUCCAUGGAAACCAGUCCACCCAGUUGAUCCUGCAAACAGCGUUCCCACUGCAGCAGCAAGGAGCCUUCGCCAGCACACAACACCAGCAGCAGCAGCUACAACAGCAACAUCAGCAGCAGCAGCAACAACUCCAGCAGCAUCAACAACAACAGCAACAACAGCUCCAACAACAGCAGCAACAGGAGCAGCAGCUGGCCUCUCACAGGGCAGAUAGCAUGUCAGGCCGCUCCAGCACACAGCCCCAGUAACCUGGCAACGUCCGAUCAGACAUAUGGACUGAACCAAAUCUAUUUGUCUGUGUGAUGGGGUGAAGAGAUCGGUUGAGAAAGCAGUAUUGAGACUAUGCCUCUAAGACUACCCUGCUUCAACUUGGUCUGUAGAGUUUGUGAUGGAUGGAUCAAUAGAUGGAUCUCUGGCUGCCUGCACUGAACUCAUGAGCCACUGGCGCGUCAGAUAGAAAACAAUGCUGUGCUCACAGUGAGCACGGAGUUGCUCCGCUUCAUGGCCAUGCUUAGAACUCUUUCCCACAGAGACCUCCACUCUGUCGAGGUCCCCUCACCACUGUGACAGGGGCCAGUGCUUGUCCCCUACCCUGCCCUCUUGUUGUGUGUUCAGUGUGUGCUCCCGUCACCCUCACAGAUUUUAUUUAUGCAGGACGAUCCAGUCUGGAGCUUCAAUCAAGGCUUCAAAGAAGUCCUACAGAGAGUAGACAGACGCCUCGUUUGUUUUCUGGUUUUCUCAUAUUGUUUUUCAUGUCAAAGUAAUUAUGGGUCAGAAAAUAUUUUUAAGAAUGUCAUGUGGAUUGAACUUUUAUUGUACAGAACAAAAAAUAAUAUGUAAAUAUAUGGAAAAAAAGAAAAAUAACUAAUAUUUUAUAUGAUGCAUGAAAUUAAAAGCAUAGUCUGUUAUUUGUAGCUUUGAAUAUACCUUUUUUUCUAGUACUCUAUGAAAAAAAGAACCUAAACACGCUUAAUGGCUGAUCUUUUCACAGAUGUUCUUCUUCCCAGGGGCCGUGUGUCUUUUUGGGACCGUGGGUGUCUGUGUAGCUGAUGCUGCUGGUCAUGUCACAGUUUGUUUCAUCCUCUUCCUCACUUUCGUAGUUUUAAUAAAACUUCUCUAUUGAGAUUAAAAACAGAAAUGUUUUAAAGUUACAAUAUUUUUUUAGAAUAUAUAUUGUGGUCCAACGCGACAUGUUGAGGACUAAAUAGAUACAUGAUUUUACUCAGAACAAUAUUUUAAAUUGUAAAUAAAGCAAAGACCCAAAGUUUACCAAAAAUACUUUAAAUGUAUCCUAUGGAAAGCUUAUGAGCUCCUUAUUUUCUCUGCCAUCAUGCCUCAUAACAGUUGCCAUAGCUAUUCAUAAACAUUUUUUUACUUUUAAAAAGUCCUUAGUGUUUAUCUUUAGUUGAUUUAAAUAUGAGUGAGGCAUUAUGACUGUUUUAGUGUGGUCUCGUAACGCUCAUAGCAAUGCAUGCAAAGUACCUCUAGGUACAGACUAUACUAGUGCUUUACAAUACUGUACUUUUUUAGCCCUAAAGGCUUGUGUAGAAAAAUGAGUAUUCUCAUAAAUAUAUAUUCAAUUACGUUUUAAAUGGUCACAAAAAUUACCUUAAACUCAGAAAUGCAAUUCACGCAGUGAUAUUUCUGCACAUUAUCCUAUUUCUGCCGUUAGAAAUCUAGUGUCUGUUCUAUGAAUGAAAUGCAUCCCCUUAUGUUCCUACUCUCUCCUGUCACUUGCAACUACAGCAUGUUUAUCUCCUAUUAAGCUUUUUAUGGGUUGGCAAUGUCAGAACAAACAAACGAGUGAUAUCUCCCCUCUUUAGAACAUUAAAUGAUGGUGGAUCUCAUCAAAUAAGUGUUUGGACAGAAUGCCGCUAGCAAUUGUUGUGAUCUGAGUUCAUCUUCAUGUGUUAAUAAAGUGAGCUUGUCUGUUUUAUCUAAAGCCAGUCAGACAGUGCUGGAGGCAUUAUAGUGUGUGGUGGGAUGGGGAGGGUUACUAUUUUAACCAAGAGAUGCAAAUCUGAGCUGCUGGGGUCAUUAAAGUAAACAUAUAGCACUUAUUUAUACCUCUCUAACACUAAGUACCCCUUACAGACAGUAUUCUCCACUUCUCAGUUGUUUGAAUGGGAGAAGAGAAACUACAAAAAUGUUUCCUAAUGUGUACUAUGGCUAAUCCCAGUCCAGACAAGAAUAGAGCGAAUGCUAAGGCUAUUUGAUCCAUGGCCUAGAACACAAAUUACCUCUGAAAUAAGUGAAACUGGUGUUAGUUGGACCUUCCAAGAGAAUGAAUUGAAACAAUUCAUCAUACGGAUAACAGAUGUGGUAUGUUUGAAGUUUUUCUGCUCCUGCUCCUCUGCCGCUUCUGUCAGACAGUACUUAUCCCCAUGUAACUGUGUUAUACGGUGAUGGUUUGAUUGUCGUGCUGAUGGGGUGUCGCUUGCCAUGGCAAAUUUAAAACGAUGUUUGUUGAGUGGGGUCCUAUGAACUGGUUGUAAUGUACGUUGCCAUAAUAACUUCUAUAGGGGAUUUCCAGGUUUCUAUUGUAAAUGUUGUGGAGUGGGGCUCUUGGGGGUCGAGCCUCUGGUUUUCCAAGCUGCUCAUUUCCUGUCAGGGGCCUCUGUAGAAUGGCACUUUAGUAGUAGUCGUAUUGAAUGUUAACUAAUCCUGUCCCUUACCGUGACAAGUUAUGUUCAUCUCAAGAAAAAAACUAUUGCCAAACUAUUUAGUUAUGCUUGCUUGGGCAUUUCCCUCAUUCCUCGAUUUUCAGUGUGACAAUCCUGCAUCAUGUGGUCAGAAAGAAGUUAUUGUUUAAUUGGUAGCAUUUAUCUUUGUGGUCUAGAUGGCAAAAUGUUUUUAUUGAGGACUGUGUGAAACCUACAUUAUUUCACUUUUUAUUGGUGGAAGAAAAUCACAUAUCAAACCUCUCUGGUAUCAUAGCACAACACUAUGUAGAAUGUCUGGGCCCUCUAGGGGUCAUUUCCUGCUCCGGUCUCUAACAUGGCUGGCUGCUCCAAUCUACAGUGCAUUGGGAAAGUAUUCCGACCCCUAGACUUUUUUCCUAAUUCUGAUACGUUACAGUCGUAUUCUAAAAUGGAUUAAAUAGUUUUUUUCUUCCUCAAUCUACACACAAUACCCCAUAAUGACAAAGCAAAAACGUUUUAUUUUUUAUGUUAGCAAAUGUAUAAAAUAAAAAAUAGUACAUUUACAUAAGUAUUCAAACCCUUUACUCAGUACUUUGUGUGUACCUUUGGCAGUGAUUACAGCCUCGAGUCUUCUUGGGUAUGAUGCUACAAGCUUGGCACACCUGUAUUUGGGGAGUUUCUCCCAUUCUUCUCUGCAGAUCCUCUUAAGCUCUGUCAGGUUGGAUGGAAAGUGUUGCUGCAAAGCUAUUUUCAGGUCUCUCCAGAGAGUUCUAUUGGGUCCGGGCUCUGGCUGGGCCACUCAGAGACUUAUCCCAAAGCCACUCCUGCAUUGUCUUGGCUGUCUGCAUAACGUCGUUGUCCUGUUGGAAGGUGAACCUUCACCCCAGUCUGAGGUCCUGAGCACCCUGGAGCAGGUUUUCAUCAAAGUUCUCUGUACUUUUCUCCGUUCAUCUUUACCUCGAUCCUGACAAGUCUCCCAGUCCCUGCCGCUGAAAAAACUCCCCACAUCAUGAUGCUGCCACCACCAUGCUUCACUGAAGAGAUGGUGCCAGGUUUCCUCCAGAUGUGACGCUUGGCAUUCAGGCCAAAGACUUCAAUCUUGGUUUCAUCAGAACAGAGAAGCUUGUUUCUCAUGGUCUGAGAGUCUAUAGGUGCCUUUUGGCCAAAUCCAAGCGGGCUGUCAUGUGUCUUUUACUGAGGAGUGACUUCUGUCUGGCCACUCUACCAUAAAAGCCUGAUUGGUGGAGUGCUGCAGAGAUGGUUGUUCUUCUGGAAGGUUCACCCAUCUCCACAAAGGAUCUCUGGAGCUCUGUCAGUGAUAUCGGGUUCUUGGUCACCUCCCUGACCAAAGCCCUUCUCCCACGAUUGCUCAGUUUGGCCGGGCGGCCUGUUCUAAGAAGAGUCUUGGUGGUUCCAAACUUCUUCCAUUUAAGAAUGAUGGAGGCCACUGUGUUCUUGGGGACCUUCAAUUAUGCAGAAAUGUUUUGGUACCCUUCCCCAGAUCUGUGUCUUGACACAAUCCUGUCUCGGAGCUCUAUGGACAAUUCCUUUGACCUCAUGGCUUGGUUUUUGCUCUGACAUGCACUAUCAACUGUGGGACCUUAUGAAGACAGGUAUGUGCCUUUCUAAAUCAUGUCCAGUCAAUUGAAUUUACUACAGGUGAGCUUCAAUCAAGUUGUAGAAACAUCAAGGGUGAUCAAUGGAAACAGGAUGCACCUGAUCUCAAUUUCGAGUCUCAUAGCAAAGGGUCUGAAUAAUUGUAUUUUUAAUACAUUUGCAAAAAUGUCAAAAAACCUGUUUCUGCUUUGUUAUUUUGGGGUAUUGUGUGUAGAUUGAUCAGGAAAAAAUGUAAUAAAAUGUGGAUUAAGUCAAGGGGUCUGAAUACUUUCCAAAUGCACAGUAUGUUCAUGUACCUCAUGGCAAAACUGUCCCAGGCCCUUGUGUUUACAGUGCAGUAAGUCAGUCUGCUCGUCUCUGCUUUUUGAAAUUCACGCUUAGUGCAAAUGGUGGUCCCUGCUGCUAGGUUAUUGGUGGUGCAUUGCCAUGUACAGCAGAACUUAGCUGGUACUUCUUAUAACCACAAAGUUAUUGUCUUGCCAGUAAUGCAUAUCGACACAGAUUUAUUCAACACGUUGUACAGAAACUGUCCGUGGCUCUUACGUAAAGUUGUUUGGUCACUGUGAUUUUAUAAUAUUUUUUUGGACACAAAGUAAACCUGUGCCACCAAUGGCGUGAUAAACCUUACAGCUACCAGUACCGGGUCAGGCAGUGCAAUACUUGAAUGAAUGUAAUUCAAUAUCAAACGCUAACAUAGCUGUCUGAAGACGGUCAUGCAUAAAUAAAUGAAUAGUCGAGGAGGGCUUAGUUGAAAGUAUUUUAACAGAAAACAAACCUCAGAUGUUUCUAUGGCCAAGCUAGACCUCAAACGAUGAAUUGAGCGAGUAGAUAUAUAACGUCAUACACUGUAAUAUACUGCGUUCAUUGUGUAGAGAAGAAAGCAAAACAAAAAUCUACCCAAUGCAUUACCUCAAAUGAGAAAGGAAUUAAACAAACUGUGACUGUUGAUCUAAUGUACCCAAAACAGAACUCAUCAUGAGCUCAUCACGAGCUCUUGGUUAUGCAAAGGUGUACAGAAAUAUUUAAAGAAAUAACUAUUUAACAUCAUAUAUCCCCCCAUGUAAUUGGUUUCUUUUUCCCAAUAAAUGUAAUAAAUUCUCUGAAAAUGUGA